GCUAGUGUUUCUACCUGCCCAGCAGGGAACGAUGGUGAGGCUCCUGGUCCUCCGUCUGCCUGCCCUCCCUGUCUGCCUCGCCGUGGUCCAGCUGCUCAGCCCCUGCUCAGCUCAGUUUGCUGUGGUUGGACCCCCCGAGCCCAUCCUGGCCAUCGAAGGUGAAGAUGCUGAGCUGCCCUGUCACCUGUCCCCGGAGAUGAGCGCUGAGACCAUGGAGCUGAUGUGGGAGCGAGCCAGCCCCAGGCAGGUAGUGCACACGUACGCACACGGGCAGGAGGACACGCCGGCAGCAGAGUUUCGAGGGAGAACUUGGAUUUUAAGAGAGGACAUCACUUUGGGGAAGGCUGCUCUCUGGAUUCGGGACCUCAGAGCCUCUGACAAUGGGACCUAUCUGUGUUAUUUCCAACAUGGAGACUUCUAUGCAAAAGCCCAGGUAGAGCUGAAGGUUGCAGACCGACUGCUGAGUGGUCUUGACUUUGUCCUGACCCGUCCCAGGGACAGAGUGACCUUGUCUGAGGCGCUGCCCCGUGAAAGUGCUCGUGUCCGGGUGUCAGGGCUGCACUUCACCUUCUCAGGACACAGCCCCGCCCUGGGCUUCUGCCUGGUCCUUUGA